UGUAAAAAGGCGAGGCUCUGAUAUUCGCUGAGCAGAUUGUUAAGUGUGUGACCUCAUUAAAGUUGGGGAAUUUUACGGUGAAAUCCUACCGCGAUACAGAACUUCGGGUGUAUUUGAUAUUCGCAUUAGCCUUUUUUUUCUCUCUCUCACACCCACGGAUCUAUCAAACCCACUCGCUGUGGGAAGGGCGUUACUGGAUUUUAACCGACCGAUCCCACGGACCGUGAAAAACACAAACUUAACGCAGGGAAGGAGUCACACAAUCAACAUGUGUGAUUAUUUGAGGGAUCAGGAAGCCCCUGUGGCUUUGGAGACCCGAGGAGUACUUAAGCGCCAGUCAGCGUUUGACAUAUAUGAGUCUACUGGACUCGAUGGAUUACUGUCACAUUUAGAUGAAGAACAGAGUGUGCAAGAGGUUCCAACUGGCAUGUCCUCCUUUUUAUACGAUGUUGGAACUAAUGAGGUUCCACUCCUAACGCCUGGUAGCAAAGCAGUCAUGAGCCAGGCUCUGAAGGAAAGCUUUAGUGGCUUUGUCAAAGAAAGAUGUCGUCUUAGCAUCCCAAAAGACCCUCGUGUUUGGACUGAGCAGCAUGUCAAUCAAUGGCUACACUGGGCUGUGAAUGAGUUCAGUCUGGAGAAUGUCAAUUUCCAAAAAUUCUACAUGACCGGCCAGGUACUCUGUGGCCUUGGAAAGGAACGUUUUCUGGAGCUGGCACCUGAUUUCAUUGGAGACAUUCUUUGGGAGCACUUGGAACAGCUAAUGAAAGAUUGCCAGGAAGCGCCACAGCUGAACUAUCUGGGAACUUCCUCUCUCAUCAAUGUAAACUCCCAUUGGGUGGACAAUAAUUCAUUUGAAUUCCGCUCCAGUCAGGCCCAGUGUGGAGGGCAGCUCUCCGAUUUCACUGGAAGUUUCCUGUCAGAGCUUUGUCAGAUCUCAUCAGAUCUAAGUAAACCUGAUUUUCUCAAUUUGAACCGAGGCUUCCCGAUUCUUGCUAACCCACAGUUGGAUAAUGUGGAAGUGAGCAGCUACUACAUGCAGCCAAAGCGAAUAAAUGCCAACACUCUGCACGUUGGCAUAAUUGACCAGGUUGAAACCAGGAAGCAAGGAUCACUUGAAAGCAUUGACAGCUUCGAAAGUACAGGCCCACUGUUGAAAUCCUGGAACAGUCAGUCGUCUUUGUGUGACAUGCAGCGCGUGCCUUCGCAGGAUAGUUGUGAUGACGAUUGGACCCAGCCCCUCUGUCCAAACAAACCAAAUAUCUCAUUCAAAGAUUACAUCCAAGAGAGAAAAGAGCCACUGGAACAAGGGAAACCAGUCAUCCCGGCAGCAGUGCUUGCUGGAUUCACAGGAAGUGGACCCAUUCAACUUUGGCAGUUCCUCUUGGAAUUACUGACAGAUAAAUCCUGUCAGGCGUUUAUCAGCUGGACUGGGGAUGGAUGGGAGUUUAAACUGACUGACCCUGAUGAAGUUGCUCGGCGAUGGGGCAAGCGCAAGAACAAACCCAAAAUGAACUAUGAGAAGUUGAGCCGAGGGCUGCGCUAUUACUACGACAAGAACAUCAUCCAUAAGACAUCCGGCAAAAGAUACGUCUACCGUUUCGUCUGCGACCUUCACAAUCUGUUGGGAUACACAGCAGAGGAACUUCACGCCAUGCUCGGGGUCCAGCCAGACACAGAGGAUUGAUGUGUUUGCUGUGCCUGGGUAGCCGCUUUUUUUUUGUGUAACUUCCCUAGCGGUGAGAAAGUGACUGGCAGGUGGUCAAAUGAUUUCACCUGUGGACUGGUCUGAUAUGGUGAGAGAUGUGUUGGUUCUAUCUACAGGGAGGAACGAUGCCACGGAGGCAUCUUCCUUUUUGCCAAUUUUGGCAAAAAUAACAACUGGCGAUGAAAACCCUUCUAAUACACUUACUACUUACCUGGGUUGAGAUGUGGAAGUAUUGAUCUGUUACAUCAAUUCAGUGCAGCCAUGUGUUUUUCCUUCUGAUUACAAAUUGCCUGAUUUUUUUUUUUUAUUUAAAGAGGUUUUCUUUCAUCCUUAUGUUGGAAAAGCUUGUCUGAGGACUCAAUAUAUCUGGUAUCAGCAAGAACUGGUUUAACAUGGCAUAAGUUAAAGUUGUGCUAUUGUAGUUUCAGACCAAAGGUGUUGCCAUAAAAUCGGAGUGUUUUGUUUGAAAGCAAGGCUCAUUCCCACAAGAACAACACUGUUCUUUGUUCUGCAAUGUCUUUCAUCUCUAGCUAGUUAAUAUUUAUCUGCCACAUGAAACGGCUCAGUUUCCUUUGUUAAGAAAUGGAUUAAGAACGUAGAUAUAAGUUGCCAGAGCUCCGUAAGAUAGUCAGGUCUUUGAAAAUAUCAGCUACACUCCACACUGGAGUUCUCAUUUCUUUAUAUUUAUUUGGUAAAUCCAAAUUGUUCCUCAGAGACCAAAGGCCAAUGUCUGCUGAACAAAACAUGGAAAUGUUAAACUGUUCCUUAGCAACUAUCAGGAAAUAUUUUAACAUGCAAUACACUGAUUAAUCCAUUGCAGUCAUAAUCACAUCUGCAGCCUGUAAAACCAAAAGUUUCCAUCUGUCGUCGUCCAUUGUGCUGACUGUUCCAAGAAUUAGUGCUUAUCUAAAAGAUUGUCAUUUUAGUAGAUGCAUGAAACUGAUGGCUAUUAUUUUUUUUAAAUUUAAAUAUUGCAAUAUAAUUUAACAGCUUUAUAAAAAUGGCUCUGGCAGCUGUUUCCUAUCACUUAGCUAUCAUUCUUUUAGCUGCCAAGGUUAAGGCAUUGUGAAAGACUGCUGGAGAGGCUCAAGUGGGAGAGUUGAACAAAUGCAAUGAUUUCAGAAGGCAAUAAAGAGUGCAGUCUUUUUACAGCAAUAUACUGGGGAGAGAUUCCGCCAUUAAUUAUUUUUUAAUUUACUGUAAUGUAAAGUUUUUUGUAAAAUAUAUAUGUGUAUAUAUUAUUUGUAUGGCUUCUGGGUAUGCAGCAAAUAUUUUUGGUAUCUCGGCACUCGAGCCUAAUGUAAUUCUGUUGAUUAUUCAAUGGAAAAUUGAUUGAAUCAACUUAUGUAUGACUGGGUCAUGGAUUGAGACAAGUUCCAGAAGCUAGAGGCUCAUUUAAUGGAACUGGUCUUUCAUUUUAAUCAAGUUUUUCAAGCUGUUAAUAAUUACAAUGUAAGGAAGUUUGAAUCUUACCCUGGAAUGCCUCAACCCAGUUAUAGGUUUAUGUGGGCCUCUGAUGAAUAUGCAGAAUUUUGGGGAGAGACAGUGGUGUAGUACUACUCUCACUGGACUGGCAAUCUAGAAGGCCAAGCUAAUGGUCUGGUGGCAUGGUUUCAAAUCCCACCAUGGCAGCUGAUGGGAUUUAAACUAUUCUAAUAAAUCUGGAGUAGAAAUAUAAUCUUAGUUUCAUGGUCACGCUUAUUAUCACUGAUUGUUGUAAAAGCUCAUCUGGUUCACUCAUGUCCGUCACAGAAGGAAAUCUGCCAUCCUUACCUGGUCCAGGUCCAUAGCAAUAACUGCCCUCUGAAAUGGCGUAAUGGGCCAUGCAAUUCAGGGGCAUCUGGGGGUGGGCAACAAAUUCUGGCCUUGCCAGUGAUGCCCACAUCUCAUCAUGAAAAAAGAAUGGGGGGGGUGGGGAAUUAAAUCACCUGACCAAAAGGAAAAAAAACAAUUAGCCUACCGGUUGUUAUGAAUCCAAAGAAAAUGAAACUCUCUUGGCAUUCCAGUUUUUAUUUUGGGUUAGGUACAAGGGGAUUAAUUUUAUAUAUAAAUUAUAAGGCACCUCCAGAAGGGCUGAUGUUGCAGCUGGUUAUCUGCACCUAAUUUGACAAUUGUUGAAAAAUGAAACAAGCCGGGAAAAUAUUUUGCAAAACUUUAUGGAGGUUUUGUGAAUGAUGCAAACUGUAAUUUCCUGUACAGUGAUACGAAUUUGUAAUAAAUAUUGAUGUUUUUGUAUAAACUGUUGUGGUUUCAAUAUAUUUUUGAAAUAAAUCAAUUUCCUGAUGAA